AUGUACACAGACAGCCACUACGUAUUCGGUGUUGUGCACGACUUCGUGGCACAGUGGCAGCUGCGCGAGGUUCUCACUGCUGCAGGUCCACACAACAGCACACAUGUCAAUUACACUUCCUUCUUGUUUAAUUACUAUUCAGAAUUAUUAACUACCGUUAUGAUGUACAGUGGAAAUGAAUGUGAAGGUUGUAUUGGGUUCUACGCCAGUUUCCCCCGUAUACACCCAGACCAAAUUUUCCAUAAUGCCACUACGGUACGCUCUUUGGGAGUAGUAGUCAAAGACCAGGUAAUCAAGUGGGACCAUAUCACAUCAUACAUGACAAUAAGAAACAACAAUGUACUAUUCACAACACGGCCUUGCUGUCAUGAAAUUUCCAGCUACAUCAUUUGUACGUGCAAUACAUUGCAACCUGUGUCUUUAAAUGACACCAAAUUGAUAAAUGUGCAAUCUUUCCAUGGUUUUGAGGAUGCCAUACAGGUGUCACACACUCAGUGGUGCAUCAUCAGUGAGAUAACCGCUUUCAGUUAUGGGGACCUCUCCUGCCCUGCAAACCAUACUUUUUGUUUAGAGGUAACAGAGGACUUCACCAUGGGGCAGCUAAACAUCCUGGGACGAGUACCGAUGGAUGCAGACAUCUCUCCGUGGUCCUCCUCGGACACUUUUUACGAGGCAAGCACGCGAGCUGUUGCCGACAUCAUGGAACUGGUUCAGCAGAUGGUCCAGGAAAUCAGUUACCACCGUAACCAAGCACAGGUGGAAGUCAACCUGGCCAAGCAAACAAGCAGAAUCCUGACUAGCGCCUCCACCCGCUCCGCCCAGUAUGUAUACACAUGGUGGGACUGGAUCUUCCGGGGGCGCGUCAUCGCCAGCCUGCUUGUCCUCCCCAUCACAGUUGUCCAAUGUUGCUACUUCAAGCACCUCAUCACCUCCCUGCGAUCAGCCCUGAACACUUCAGCAGCACAGAGGGGGGAAACUGUAGGGUAA